ACACUACACUUACUCAACUUAUAAGCCUUCUACACUUGCAAGAAACCAAACAGAAGCUGAGUGAGAGAAAUGAAUUCGAAAACAUGCCUCAUCUUCUUCUUCUCUUCUCUAAUCUUUACGAACUUCGCCUUAGCGCAAGACCGGGCUCCUCACGGAUUGGCUUAUGAAACUCCAGUGGCAUUUUCACCUUCUGCAUUUGACUUCUUUCACACACAACCAGAAAACCCGGAUCCCACUUUAAACCCUUGCGUAGAAUCCGGCUGCUCGCCUCUCCCCGUUGCUGCAAAGGUCCAAGGAGCUUCGGCGAAAGCACAAGAAAGCGAUAUAGCAUCAAUGUCAACUGGUACUAGAAGCGGAAUAGAAGCUAGUCGUGUGGUUGGGAUCAUCUUUGGACUUGCGUUUGCGGUGCUGAUGUGAACCAUUAUAGAGCAUUUAGCUAGACUUUGAGUUGGAAUGUGUGUUUUUUCUUCACUUUUUCUUGAAGCAGAGUAUUAGAGUCUUUACCGCCAAGGCUGUGUUUGAAGGGUUAAGUUUGAGGCUUUAGCCUUAUAGUCCCAAACUAUAUAAACUUUUGGAGAUCCU